AUGGCACUCUUCGUCCCGGCCGCCAUCGUGCUUGCUGCUGCUGCUGCCGUGUUGGCCUUGAGCGGACGCAACUCGACGGCCUCUUUGCCCCGAUACAAGAGCCAAGGGUGCUUUGCAUUCCUCAGUGACGCCCGAGACUUCGCCACGACGCCCAUCCGACUCCUGCAAAAGGCCACGAGACAGUGCGGCGAUGUGUUCAGCAUCCAGGUUCUGUCAGUGUACAAUGUCUGGCUGCGCGGCAACAGUCUCAACAAAGUAUACCUCGAGACGCGUGAAGACGUCUGGUCCUUCGUUGGCGGCAUGGGGUUGUUCCUCAACAAAAUCAUCGACCGCGGCUACUGGAGUCACUACCGAACCCUCUUGUCCUCACUCAGUCGCUACGUGAGCGGCGGCCCGGCACAGAGACACGCUGCCGCAGUGUCUGUCGAGGAGACGCAAAGGGCCGCAGCCGCGUGGUCGUCGAGGCACGGCUUCGAGCUCUUCGACACGGUCUCCUACCUUGUACACAAGAUCAUCGUCCGGUCUUUCAUGGGCCAAGACUUUUACGAGCACAAUGUCCUGGAGUUGUUUGACCUACUGCACUCCAUGGAGGCCGACAUUGGCAGUCUCCUGUCCUUCAUCCUGCCGGACUGGGUGCCUCACCCGCCCGCCCGCCGCCUGCACAGGGCACGAGACCGUUUCAAGGAAAUAUUUACCCAACGGCUCCGCGAGAGGGCUAGGGAUAGCAGCGGGACAGGUCGGGCCCGGCCUCUGCGGGACUACGUUGCCUUCACCAUGGAAGAUGACGCGACGGUGCCGCUUGAGCCUCUCAUGCCAAGUCACCACACGAUGCUCAUGUUUGCUGCCCAUACCAGCACUGCGGCCAGUAUCUCCUGGACCAUAAUCGCUCUUCUGCGCCAUCCCGACGUCAUGGAGCAGGUGACGGCCGAGUUGCGCUCCAAGCCCGAGGGGCAAGAGUCGCUUCUCCUCCAAGCCUGCAUCAAGGAAACGACCAGACUCUACUGCGGCGUCAAGCUUCUACGCCUGGCUCGCGAGAACGUGUACAUCCCUGGGCCCAACGUGAGCAUCCCCAAGGGAGCAGUCGUGUCCAUAAGUCCAUACCUCACCCACCUCGACCCAGCGAACUUCCCCGAGCCCCAAGUCUGGAAUCCACGGCGGUGGAUCGGGAACGAAGGAGAGACGCUUCUAGCGGAUAACAAGACGGAUGGCGUCAAGUUCCUUCCCUUCGGCGGCGGCAGCCACAGGUGUGUCGGGGAGAAGAUGGCCAUGAUAAUCGUGACCAAGACCGUGGCCACACUUCUCCGGGAAUACGACUUUUGUUGGGAAACCCAGCAUGUUCCGGAAAAGACGGACUUUUCGAAUCUCAACUUUGACAAGGUUGGAACGCCCUGGCUUCGGGGCGGCGUGCGCGUCCGCAUGAGCAGAGCUUCCAGCUUCCCAAUGAUAUGA